CGGCGGUAUAUCAACACAUGUAAUCCCGCCGACUUCGAAGGUCAACCAUUUGGUUGGUUUCUAGUCUUACAUAUGCUACAAUAUGUUUAGCUUAUAUUUCAUUUUCUAUGGCUGACGAACCAAAUAUACUAACAGACUCUUCAGUUGUUCCCUGUAAAAAGCGUAAGCAGAUUGGAAAACCACAAAAUCAUGUUAAAAAAACAGAGCAGCUACUAAAAAGUUAGAGAACCCAAAAAAUGCCUAUCGAUUGAUCACUUGUGAAUUCGAUGAAAGUAUCUUACAAAUGUCUGGUUUAUUGGCAUCCUUGACAUCGAAAUUAGAAGCUAAUUGGCAGUCGUCAACAAUACAGUAUUUAACUAAUUCAAAUGAUCCUUUGGAGAGAAGUGUUUCGCAACAAUUGCCACCUUUAAUUCAACCGAAAACUGUUGGAUUAAGUGGUCUCAAUGGUUCUGUUCCUAUCUCGUUUUCUUUCACUUGGACACGUUAUCAACCAACAAUAGACUUAUCGACUAAAGAAAAUGAUUCCAAAUCAACAGAUGAUGAAUUGUUAAACAUUAAACUUAAUCCAUUUAUCGAACCUGAAGUUGUCAUUCUGCUAACUGCUGAUCAAAUUAAAAAUUUACUCAUCAAAUCGUCUAGUGAUACUAAACAGAAAGUACACGAGAAUGCAAAUCUUAUUGCGUUUGGUACUAGUUUAAUGAAUUUGAAACGACCAGUUACCUGUAUUUUCUUGACAGGGCCUACUUUUAAAUCGAAAGCCAACCAUUUGUCAUCAUCAUCAUCAAAGAAUAUUUCAUCGUAUAUGUCAAUUAAUGAAUUAUGCGCUGAACUACAAUUAAAUUGGCAUGUACACAGUACUCGUGUCACAUCGAAUUUACAUGAUGUUGCUAUGAUUUUAAAUGCGAUUACACGAUCGUUGGCGGAAAGGCAAUUUAAGCAAGGACGUUUAGAACGAGAUGAAGGACUAUCAUUUCUACCAAAUACUGUACACAAAGGUUUGAGCGGUUGUGCUUCGCGUGGUCGUGGUCCUGGUAAAGCACCAAUUACUAUAAACAAUGAUUCAGAAUCACUGACUGCUAAUCAAGAACAAAAUUUACAUUUAUGGUCUAGUCGAGUAUGGCUGGGUCAACUAGGUCAGUGGCGUGGACUAACUGGUGAAAUUGCUCAUGCUAUAACUUUGGUAUAUCCAACUAUAAGAUCAUUCUAUAAUGCAUGCAAAUUAGCGGAAAGUCAAUCAAGCAAUCAAGGUACAAAUUAUCAAGCAACACUUUCGUCGUCCAAUCAACUUACAGAACAAAAAUAUAUUCAUCCAUUUGAAAUAGAAUUAGCCAAUUUAGAAAUACGUCGUGGUGUUGGUGUUUUAUCAACAAAAAGACGUUUAGGUCCUGAAUUUGCUAGACGUCUAAUUAAAUUAUUCACAUCAAAGGAUCCAGAUGAAAUUAUCAAUUAAGUUUAGAGAAUGCAAUUUGUUUAUUUUCGAACAAAUUUAUUUUGUACUACUAUAAUUCGAAUUCAGUAGUAUUAUUAUUAUCUCAUUAAGUAUUUUCUUCAGGGGUUUAUGAUACUUCGUGUUAACUUGUAAAUAGAUGACAGUUUUACGUCAAAUUUGUUCAUCUCAGCUUCUGGGAAUGUGUACAGAGUUUUCUUAUUUCCAUUAUAUGAAAUUUUGCUAUGAA